AUUAGCUUAUCUUAUUGUCCAGUGAUCAUGGAUCGUAUAUUAGAAAUUGGAAAUACAUUGUACGAUGUGGCAUCGGAUAAGAUCAACAAUUUCAAUUACAACGAGAAGAAGGAGUACUUGACAGAGUGUGUUGGAAAUAUUAUAGGAUAUAAUCUUGGCAAUGUUCAUGAAUUGAAUGGAAAGAGAUUCACAGAGAAGACAAAGAUUGCUGAAGGUGGAUUUGGUAUUGUAUACCUUGUGGUAGAUGACCUAAACAGAGAAUAUGCACUCAAACGACUCUUCGUAUUGGAGCGGGAUCGUCUACAAUACACAAAGAACGAGAUUGAGAUCAUGACAUCACUCAAACAUAAUAGGAAUAUUGUAAGGAUGUUUGAUCACACAAUUAGAAGGAAUGGAAAUAAGAGGGAGUCAGAGGUAUUGAUGCUACUGGAGUAUUGCUCAGGUGGAUCAGUGUUGGACAUUAUGAAUAAGCGUGGCCAGAGACAAGGUCUGUCUGAAAGAGAGAUAUUGUCAAUAUUCUCCGAUGUCUGCAAUGCGGUGUGCGACCUCCAUUCCCAGAAUCCACCAAUCGCUCAUCGUGAUUUAAAGAUUGAGAAUGUAUUGUAUUGCCAGAGGAAUGGAUGCUAUAAGUUGUGUGACUUUGGCUCGGCCACCACCAAGGUGUUCAGCACAGAGACUGAGCGUGAUCGUUCCAACACCGAGGACGACAUCAACACCUUCACUACCCUCCAGUACCGUGCACCAGAGAUGGUUGACCUGUUCAGGAAGCAAGACAUCACAGAGAAGGUCGACAUAUGGGCACUUGGAUGUCUCUUGUUCAAGAUGGCAUUCUAUGUCGAUCCUUUCGAGACUGGUCUGGCAAUACUCAAUCACAAUCUACGCAUUCCAAACAAUUCCAAGUUCUCAAAGGAAUUCCAUGACCUCAUCGAGGCAUUGUUGAUCGAUGAUCCAGUCAGGAGACCAAACAUCCAUGAUGUAUUAGACAUGUUGGACGCAAUGAGAUCAGGAGAUGGUGGACACAGGAGGGAGAGAUCUUCAAACUGCUCAAGAAAUGAUCGAGAUAGACAAGUACCCGGUCGUGAGUCAAGGAACUCACCCAAUCCCCCAACAUCAUUUGUUGCCGAGGGUCCAUCAUCUUCGUCAACGGGACAAAAGAAGAACCUUUAUGAUAUGUUGCAAUGGAGUGAUGGUGAUAGUCCAAAGCAACAACUUCAGCAGCAUCAGAACAAGAGCACCCAGAAGCCACCAGCUCAGGCAAGUCCCAACUUGUUUGAUGAUGAUCUGGAAUGGACUCCACAGCCAGUCCAGAAUUCUGGACAACAAGUUCCACAACAACAAUAUCAACAACACAACAACUUCAACAACCUCAACAAUUCCAACAACAAAGGUUUGGACUGCCACAACAACAGCAACAGCAGUUCUACAACAAAAACAACUGGAACAACAACCCGAAUGUUCCACAGAAGGGAAACAACUUCCAAAGACCAAACCCCAACUUCAAUACCAAUGUUCCACAACAGGGUGGUGGCGGUGCAAACUACAAUCAGAGACCAAACUACAAUGUCAACUUGA